GGCGAUAUAGAAUAGUUAUUACGGUACAAAUUGUUCCAGGGUUACCAGGAAGGUGUCUUGACUGUCCCGUCGUGUAAGGAAUUCUUAGCCCAAGUUAGCUAUCUAAGAUAAAUCUGUCUGGUUCUGUCAUAGUUUGAACUGUUUAACUAAUACAAGAAGCCGACAUGUUUUCACCUAGGGUCCUGAAGUUGGCCACGUCUUUGAUGUCCAGGGCGUUUUCUGUGGGCUCAGCCUCCUUACUGGGGAAGGCUCCUGAUAUGGCUGAAGGAAACUCACACUUGCUUGUGACCAAUGUACGAAAUAGGCUGAGGCAGAUUGUGGGAGCAUCAACCAACUGGAAAGACCACCAGCAAGCCAUGGAGGAGCGGGCUUUGCUAAGUAGGCACCUUGCUAGCAGUCAAGAUCAGCUGCCCGCCAAGACGAUGAAGGACAGUGAGAUUGAGGUGCAUCUUCCCCUGGGUACACAGCCCUCACUCAGAGAGAAGUACCUGAACUACCACAACACUGUCAGAUUUGGUCGGAUUUUGGAAGACCUUGACAGUUUAGCGGUGCUCAUCUGUUACUCCCACACUUUAAAUAAGGAGCUGGAGAGAUCUCCACUUUCCAUUGUAACCGCCCUGGUGGACAAGAUUGACAUGAGAAAGAACAUGGUCUACCCAGAUUGUGACAUCAAGUUCACAGGUCAUGUGACGUGGGUGGGCAAGAGCUCAAUUGAAGCUAAAAUGCACAUGUCACAGUUCCAUGAUGGAGCCUACACUCCUGUGUUAGAUGCUACAUUUGUGAUGGUAGCCCGAGAUCCACAAAACAAAAGGGCAGCUUUUGUAAACCCACUAAAACUUGAAGGGCCAGAGGAAGAGAAGCUUUUUCAGCAAGGAGAGAUUAACAAGAAGAGGCGCGUGGAGAUGAGCACAGCCUCAUUACUGAAGGUGGCACCUACAGCUGAUGAGAGGAAUAUCAUCCACAGCCUGUUUCUUAACACUCUGGACACAAAGACAGUCAGCUUCCGGAGUCGAAUCCGCCCCCCCAACUCUGUGUGGAUGGAGGAUGCUAAAAUGAAGGGCUUGGAGAUAUGCCAUCCACAGGAAAGGAAUAUCUUCAAUCGGGUAUUUGGUGGCUUUCUCAUGAGGAAGGCCUACGAGCUAGGUUGGGCCAACGCGUGUGCAUUUGCUGGUAGUAGGCCAAUUCUGGUGUCUGUGGAUGACAUCAUGUUCCAGAAGCCGGUAGAGAUUGGCUCCCUGCUGUUGCUCUCUUCACAGAUUUGUUACACUGAGGGGAAUCACAUCCAGGUCAGGGUGCACACCGAAGUGCUUGAGCCCUUCACCCGGCAGCACAACACCACUAACAUCUUUCACUUCACAUUCCAAGUUGAGGAGGAUGUUCCUGCUGUUGUGCCACAGAGCUAUGGAGAGUCUAUGCUCUACUUGGAUGGGAAACGGCACUUUGAUGAGACAAUGAAGGGCCAGUGAAGAUUCUUGAUUAAGAAUCUGGACAUCAAAAAAAGAUUCAUGCCAAUGUCUUACAAAGCAGUAUCGAACACUUUUAUAUUAUAUGAAAAUCUUAUAGCUUCAUGUAUCUAAUACCUUUACAGAAAUUGAAUGCUGAAACCAUCUUUGGAAAGUUUUGUAAGUCUGGGAAAGUUCAGUAAGUCAACUGAAUCCCUUGAUGUUUUUGAUGAUUAGGUGGGACAGUAUAAAACCAAUAUGCUGUUUAUCUGUUGCUAAAUAAUGUAUAUGUUCAUGUUCAUAAGUUACAGAGAGGAUGUUUGUGAGGUUUCUAAGUGCUUCUAACCUGUUUUGCUUGAAACUAUUGAGAUAUGUGUGUACAUAGUGGUUGUUGCUUUGAACAUAUUCUCAUAUUUGCAGAUAAAGGCACUACAAAAGAGGACGGUUAAGACUACACUAUAGUUUACAAUAUGUUUAUAACAUAUUUUGUGUUUUGUAUCUUCAGAUGUUUACUAAAUAUACAGGAUAUACAAGAAACAUAAAUAUAUUCAUUUUAACAUACCGCUAAGUUAUGAAUUUAUAAAGUGAUAAUGUAUUAGAGUAUAUACUUUGAUCUUGACAUUUACUCUUCGAGUAAAAUCUAAUGUGCAUUGUGGAGAAUGUAUUGUGCGUUACAUCCAAAUGUAAUAUUUGGAUAGUGUGAUUCAUUAUUCAAAUACCACAUUUAGACGGGUGAGUCUAGAGAACCUGAGCUGAAAUUAAGCAGAGACAUUAAAGUUAUUCAAUUUAGAACGCCAAAAGGUUAUUAGAAACAUUUUCAGUUAUAGACCAGCUGCACCAAACUUUGUGCACAACUAAGUAUAACGAAUAAGUCUGCGUUGUUUUUAUUCGUCCAAGCGCACGAUCACGUGUGUUUAAAAGCUUUUAAAAAAUAAAGUUUACGUUUAAAAUGCAUUUCCUGAUUUGAUUAUCGGUGAGUGAGACUCAUCUAGAUUUUGUAGGUAUUGUAUGAACAACACAAGCCUUAACUGUA